AUGCUGACCGAAGCAGGCUUCCAGAAGAUCUACAAGCAGUUCUUUCCGCAAGGUGAUCCAUCCGAUUUCGCGUCAUUCGUCUUCAAGGUAUUCGACGAAAAUAAGGAUGGCGCGAUCGAGUUUCACGAGUUCAUUCGCGCCUUAUCCAUAACGUCACGAGGGAAUCUUGAUGAGAAGUUACAUUGGGCCUUUAAGCUCUAUGAUCUCGACAACGACGGUUUUAUUACACGGGAUGAGAUGCUCUCAAUUGUCGAUUCCAUUUACAAAAUGGUGGGAUCAAGUGUGAAAAUUCCCGAUGAAGAAAGUACUCCUGAGAAGCGGGUUGACAGAAUAUUCAGAAUGAUGGAUAAGAACAACGACGCGCAGUUAACACUGGAGGAGUUCAAAGAAGGAGCCAAGGCAGACCCAUCAAUUGUUCAUGCAUUGUCGCUGUACGAGGGAUUAUCCUCGUGA